UGCCGCCCGCCAUGCUGCGGCUCCUGCUCCCGCUGGCCGCCCUGGCCACGCUCCUCCGGGCGGCGGCUUUGUUGACCCAAGGCAUCCCUUCAUAACCACAUUAUUGACUUCUGGAGACUUCUGCAGAAUAGAAGGGAACAGUCAGGAAGCAAAGAUGAUCUCCUUCAAGCAACUGCCCAUUGAAGCAAAGGCUGCAGUGGCUGCAGGAGUGGUUUUCUUCUCCAUGAUGCUAUCGCGGAGUUACCUGGCAGAAAAACUCGAUUUCAGGAUGCGGCACUGGCUUCUAAGGCUGCAAAUGGCACUGUUUGCUAAUACACUCAUGUUGAUGGGAUCUCUCCAUGUUUGGAGAAGCACAGUCACCACGUUCACCAGGUCUUCAGCUGCCAGCUCCUUCUGUUUCAUGCUGUGGAAAAUAGCUGUGUUCAUGUUUCUAGCGUUGGCUCAUUCAAGCUUCUUUACAUUGCUGUUUCUUGUUGCAGAAGAGCCCUAUUUCUUUUCUUUAGCUGCCUACACUUGCUUGGGGGCCUAUAUUAUUCUCAUCUUUUUCCUCUUCACUCUAGGCUCUGUAGAGCAGGCUUACAAGUUCUUGGCUGGGAGAGGCGCUAAGGCAGGCACGGGCAACAAGAACAGAACAGCACUGAAACCAGUUCUGGCAGUCUUGCUGACAGUUGUGCUGACUGUUGUUGGGCUGUUAAAUGCUUCCCAGCCCCCUACUGUGAAUUCAGUGGAGAUUCCAGUUCACAAACUGCCCUCAACAAUGAAUAACCUGAAAGUGGUGUUGCUUUCAGAUAUCCACCUGGGGCCUACAGUUGGGAAGACCAAGCUUGCCAUGAUAGUGAGAAUGGUUAAGGCUUUAAAACCAGAUAUCACUGUGAUUGUUGGGGACCUGUCUGAUGCUGAGGCAAAGAUCAUACAACCUGCUGUUGAGCCUCUUGGAGAACUUGAUUCCCCUUUGGGGACUUACUUUGUCACAGGAAACCACGAGUACUACACCUCAGAUGUUAGCAACUGGUUCGAGCUGUUAAAAUCAUUUAACAUUCAGCCGUUGCAUAACGAGAAUGUGAAGAUUGUUUCACCAAAGAGCACUUCUGACUGGUUCUGCCUGGCUGGCGUGGAUGAUAUUGAAGCAGAUGUGUUGCGCUAUUCGGGACAUGGCAUGGAUUUGAAAAAAGCUCUCAGAGGUUGUAGCAGUGAGCAUGCAAUAGUGCUCUUAGCUCAUCAGCCAAUUGCUGCAAAGUGGGCCCUUCAGGAGAGGCCAGACAUAAAUUUAAUUCUCUCUGGCCAUACUCAUGGAGGGCAGAUUUUCCCUCUAAAUGCAGGAGCUUAUCUUCUGAAUCCAUUCUUUGUUGGCUUGUACCAAGUUGGGCAGAAUACCUUUGUCUACGUCAGCCCGGGAACGAUGUACUAUGGAAUACCCAUGAGGCUGGGCAGCAGAGCCGAAAUAACAGAGAUUAUUCUACAUUCUCCUUGAGGAGUUUGAGGGGUUUUCCAUUUGACAGACUUCUAAUUUUUUUUUUUUUUUUUUUUUUUUGGCCAGUAUAUUGGCUCUUCUACUAU